UACAGAAAAUAGUUGCGAAACACCACGUGAAGAAAUCGGUGUUUGCAUUCCGGUAGUAAAGUGUCCGUCGAUAGUGAAUAUUCUCAAAGGUAGAAAACCGUUGUCGGAUGCUACUUUGAGAUUUCUUCGUCAAUCACAAUGUGGACUAGAAGGAGAAAUGCCGUUUGUAUGCUGUACCGAUUCCGUUAAAAAAGAUAACUUGACAAUAGAAGCGUCAGAAUUAGUUCCAAAUCCACCAGAUGUGUCUAAUCAUCCUAAUUUGAGGUUACUUGACCACGAACUCUGUGGUCCGGUGAAUGAAGCUAAAGUAUACAGAGGUGAAAUUGCAGGUGUAUUUGAUCACCCAUGGAUGGCGCUGCUAAUUUAUCUUCACCAGGGAAAGAAGAAAUUUGGGUGCGGUGGGACAGUUAUCAACAAAAGGUAUAUUUUGACAGCAGCUCAUUGUAUCAAGGAUUUACCGUCAGGUCGAACUCUAAUCGGAGUACGAGUCGGAGAGCAUGACUGGAGUACGAAACGUGACUGUGACGUCGAUAAAGAUGGCCUGGAAAUCAUGUGUUCCGACGAUUCAUAUCAAGAUUUUCUUGUGCAGAGCACAAAAUUCCACCCUGACUUCAAGCUAUCAACGCUGCGGAAUGACGUAGGACUGAUACGUCUGCAGAAAAAUAUAGACUUUCUGCCAAUAAAUACCAAGCCUAUUUGUUUGCCAAUUGAACAAAAUCAGAAGAUGGAUUACAAAUCUUUAACAGUGACCGGCUGGGGCGCCACUGAGUUUGAUAUUCUUAGUAAGAAACUUUUAAGGGUUGCCGUACAGCCUCUUCCUAUUAAAAAAUGUACCGAAGCCUUAGGACCCAGUAGUACUAUUAUUUGGUACAAAGAGAUAUGCGCUAUCGGUAUAAGCCGCGGAGAUUCAGCUUCUGGCGACAGUGGUGGUCCGCUUUUAUCAACAGGUCGAUAUUAUAAUGAUACACGAGUUAUUCAGCAUGGCAUUAUUAGUUAUGGAAUGAAUAACUAUGGAAUUUAUACAAGUGUAUCGUAUUAUUUAGACUGGAUACUGGAUAAUUUAGAUAAAUAAUUAAA